GUCCGCCUCUGCCCACACAAGCACACGGCGCGCGCACUCCCGCGACAAAAAAAAAGGAAGUGGCGGAAGAGAAGCAAGAAAUAAAAAAAAAGAAGCGAGUGGAGACCGCAGCACGCCCGGCCGGCGUCUGGGGAUGACGCGCGCCUGCCGCCAAUGGCCGCACCGACGCAGACGCUAGUGCUGGCGGGGAUCAUCCUCCUCAACUUCGUCCUCGCCGCGGCAGCGCUCUACCGCCGCAUCCGCGGCCGCCGCAGGCCCCGGCAGCACGUCCCGCCGCCGCCGCCGCUCGAGCCGGCCGCCGCGGAGGAGGCGGAGGCGGAGGAGGAGGAGGAGGAAGGAGGCGGUGGGGAGAGGCGGCAGAGCCAGCGGAGGAGGAGGAGAGCGCGGAGGAAGCGGCAGCAGCAGGAGGAGGGGGCGGCGUCGGAGGGUGGUGGUGGCGACGGCGCGGACGGGGCCGCCGCGAAGGCGACGGGGAAGGAGGAGCUGCUGCCCCGCCGGCCGCAGUUCCCGCUAGCCUCCGUGGCGGGCGUGCUGCAGCGGCGGAUCCACGCGCGGUACGACGACCUCGCGCGGGCCAGCGAGGCGCAGUGCCUCACCAUCGAGCAGGUUAACGAGUUUCUUAACUGUCUCGUAGAUGCUAGAAACGAGCUGCUGCAGAGGUACGAGAAUGUACAAAGAAGCUUCAAAAUAAAGAAGGCGAUGCUAUCGAACCAUCGAAACUAUAGGACUUCAUACGACCGCCUCUUUGAACAGGUACGUAGAUUGGAAACCGAAAGCGAUAGCCUAAAGAAAGACGCCGCCAUCUACAACUUUGUGCAAGAGCGUCUUCAGAAGUCAGCGCCAUACAAAAUGAUCAUGGAGCUGAGUGCAAUGGAGCUGGAGGCUCAAGAAAUAUCGUUCGAGGAGCUCCUGGCUCGGGAGAAGGAGGACACCGCCUUCUGGCAGCGCAACGGGAAGAUGAGAUCAGUCUCGUCCAAGUAGGACACAAUGCCCCUGCUACUUGGGCUCACUGACGAUAGCAGACCUCAACAUCGGUAGUGUCUAGGCAUGAAACCCUUGAGAGCAGCUGCUGUAUGCCUGCAUCGAACCGUUUGGUGUAACGCCGCGGCCUUCUGUCAAGAUCCUGGCCUGAUUCUGGGCAGAUUGAGUUGUGUCGUGAUACAUGCCGGCCCUGAGGGUUCUGUACCAGCGAGUGCGGGCAUAGGGCUGUUUUGAUCGUGUGGCCAUGGACCUCCUGACCCAGCCGCAGCGCCAGCAAUUCUGUGCAAGCUGAAAGAACUGUCGCUAAUAUCACCACGUUCGGCAAAACCCACCGUUGCUGCAUUUGUCUGAACAGCUGCAGUGCU